AUGACUGAUCUGCGUUGGUCAGCGUGCUCCAGCAGUUGGGACGCAGGUGCAAGGCACCUUGGACACACUUUGAAAUUUGAUUUCUGCCUUGAGAUUUGUUUGGGGUGUGGACACAGCUUGGAUGCAGAAUUGCCGACAAGUGUUUCCCAAAAUUCGAAAGCAAUGAGAAGAAUCAAUCAAACAAGGAAGGCAUCAAAUGAUGGCCAUAUAACACCUUCACUUGGAAAGUUAUUUGUAGUCAAAUCAUUGGACCUUUCAUCCAACAAGCUUUCCGGUGAGAUACCAAAACAACUUGCUUCUCUUACAUCACUUGUUGUUUUGAAUCUCUCUAGCAAUCAUCUGGAAGGACGCAUUCUAAAAGGACCUCAAUUUGCGACAUUUGACAACAAUUCAUAUGAAGGUAAUGAUGGAUUGCAUGGAUUCCCAGUUUCAGCAGUUUGUGGAAGUAGCUGGAUACCAGAGACAAACAACUCAACAUUUGAGCCGGAUGAAGAAUGUGACUCGACAUUUCUACGUGAGCUCAGUUGGAAAGUGGUUCUUAUGGGAUAUGGUUGUGGAUUGAUUAUUGGAUUCUCCAUAGCAUAUUUCAUGCUUUCUUCUCAAAAUUCAAAUUGGCUUUCUGGGAUCGCUGAGGAACUGGAAUACUGA